CAAACAGAUCGUUACGUGCGGACGGGUCUUACUUAGAUGUAAAAGUACAAUAUCCACUGCUGUGAAGGCAGUGAAAAUCGAUUUAUUGCCUAUCUUAGUAAACGACGACCCCGUUCCCAACACCAACAACAACUUCAAAACUAUAUUCCCGGGAAACGUAUCCUGGCCAUUACUUUCCGUUCCGCCCCGCUCCAUUCCAUUGAAGGUUUGUGUGAAUGUCCGUCAUUUGAAAGUCAUUGUAGAAUGGUUUGACGUUUCGGUAACUGUGAAUCGACAUUAACGUAUUAGGUGUUCAAAACUGACAGUAGUGUUUGCAGUGAAUAUUUCUGCAUUCUCAAUCAUUAAUGUACGUAUUAAACGGGUGGUCGUCGUUCUCAUAACAACGCACGUGGGCUACUUAAUCCUAAUAGGAAGGACAGAAAUCGCAGAAUGAUUGCUUCCUCAAGCUCGCUGCAGCUUGCCUCACGUUUGAAAACUCCAAUGGACUGGAGAUUAAUAAUAUGACUGUAAAUAAGAAAACUGAUGAUGAGAAAACAUCCCUUUGGCUCAUACAUAGGGAAACAUGUAGGAAGCCUCACUCGACUACGGAAGAAACAGUUGUAUGUCUGCACGGAUAUAUUAAUAAUCUUGAUUGUGUAAAGGAAGAGCCUCGUUGUCGUGAUGGAAUACAAGCAAACAUCAAUAAAAAGAACUGUUAUAUUCUGUGGCAAGAGAUAAUAAAGUGGAGAUUAAAUAGUGGUCACGUGCCCUGUUUUUUUUGCGUACUUGCCUUGUGUUUAUAAAACAGUGGAUGGACAUGGCUGAUUGUGUGUGGUAGUGGGAGAGUGUGUGUGUCUCAGGAGUGCAUUAGUAAAAAAUGAUGGCCCUCGCAAAUGUUACAGCAUGAAUUCCGAGAAGCGGAUAUUUCUGAAGUGUAACUGCAGUUACGCACAAACGACUCGUAAGAAAAGGACGCUAUUAUCCACAUAGACAUGACUGCAAGAGGAAAACAGUGAUACACAUUAUCAUAGUGCCUUCAAACGACGCCAAUAACCCCGUAGAAAACAAGAUGUUAUCCAGUCUGUAGCCGAAUUGUGAUACAAGAAUGAAACUGAAAGUGAGGUUAAGGCAGAGACACUUCCGAUGUAUCCCAUUUCUUCUACUUCUCCUUACUCAUUUUUGGUCUGUGGAAACGUUUCAAAAUAAACAAAACUCGACGAUUGGCGAAAAGAGCGAAACCCGUGUUGGUGUCUGCUGCAACGAUACGACUCCACCACAGUUGGUUAACAUUAAAUUUUCGUCACACGUUGUACGAAAUGAAUACAUUGUGGCAUUUGAUGGUUACUACAAGACAACUACAAGAGAAAAAUUCAUAGCUGCUGCACUGAAUAAUUCUGGUAUUGAAAACUGGAAGAUACUGCCUCGAAACAACCCAGCAAGUGAUUUCCCUAGUGAUUUUGAUGUAGUAUUGCUAGAUGAAACAGAGAAACUUAAUGGAUUGGAAGCUCUCAGUGACCAUCCAUCUGUGAGACGUGUAACACCACAGAGAGUAGUUCACCGUACUCUCAAAUACGUGAAUCUCACAGAUGAUCAGCAGCGUAAAUCUGAAUGCACAGGAUCAAACUGCCUUCAACCGACGUGGCAAUCAUCUCGUCAUAUGCGAAGAUCAAGUCUGGCCAUUAAUAAUCAAUUUUGGCAAUCUACAGGCAGGCACACAAGCAGAAGAUUAUUGCGAGCUGUUCCAAGACAGAUUACAAGUAUUCUUCAAGCUGAUGCUCUUUGGAGUAUGGGAAUAACAGGUACUGGAGUAAAAGUAGCUGUUUUUGAUACUGGACUGGCCAAAACACAUCCACACUUUCGGAAAAUCAAAGAACGUACCAACUGGACUAAUGAGAAGACCUUAGAUGAUGGCCUAGGUCAUGGAACUUUUGUUGCUGGUGUAAUUGCCUCAAGUCAAGAUUGCCUGGGGUUUGCACCUGAUUCUGAGUUACAUGUUUUCAGAGUGUUUACAAACAAUCAGGUGUCCUAUACAUCUUGGUUUCUGGAUGCUUUUAACUAUGCAAUUUUAAAAAAGAUUAAUGUGCUGAACCUUAGCAUAGGUGGACCAGAUUUCAUGGACCACCCAUUUGUUGAUAAAGUGUGGGAACUCACUGCUAACAAAGUAAUUAUGGUUUCAGCCAUUGGAAAUGAUGGACCAUUGUAUGGGACAUUGAACAAUCCUGCUGAUCAGAUGGAUGUGAUUGGUGUUGGUGGUAUAAACUUUGAAGACCAGAUAGCAAAAUUUUCCUCUCGAGGAAUGACAACUUGGGAAUUACCACAAGGGUAUGGACGUGUAAAACCAGACAUUGUAACGUACGGAUCAACUGUUCGUGGAUCAAGCAUCAAGGGUGGAUGUCGCACUCUUUCAGGAACUAGUGUUGCCUCUCCAGUUGUAGCUGGAGCUGUAACGCUUCUCAUGAGUGGUGUCUUACAUCGAGGAAAUGUAAUAAAUCCAGCCAGUAUGAAGCAGGCGCUGAUGGCAUCUGCUCGUAGAUUACCUGGUGUGAAUAUGUUCGAGCAAGGACAUGGGAAGCUUGACUUGUUGAAGGCAUUUCACAUACUCAACAGUUACAAGCCACAGGCUAGCUUGAGUCCAAGCUACAUAGAUCUCAGUGAGUGCCAGUACAUGUGGCCAUACUGCACACAACCGCUCUACUAUGGGGCCAUGCCAACAAUUGUAAAUGUGACCAUUCUUAAUGGUCUGGGGGUCUCAGGUCGGGUGACAGAGGUACGGUGGCACCCGUAUACUCCACAGUUUGGACACCACCUUGAUGUGUCAUUAACACACUCUGAACUUCUAUGGCCAUGGUCUGGCUGGCUGGCAAUCAGUAUUUCUGUCGCAAGAGCAGCUGCAGGUUGGGAAGGAAUUGCACAGGGACAUAUAACAGUCUCAGUAGAGUCACCUCCUGAAGAUGGAGAGACAGAUUCUCGACAUUCUUCUGUUAACCUGUCCAUCAAGGCUAAAAUUGUGCCAACACCACCACGUCACAAACGUAUAUUGUGGGAUCAGUAUCAUAACUUACGAUAUCCCUCAGGAUAUUUUCCUCGUGAUAAUCUACGCAUGAAGAAUGAUCCAUUAGAUUGGAAUGGUGAUCAUAUUCACACAAAUUUCAAGGAUAUGUAUCAACAUUUACGCAACAAUGGAUACUAUGUGGAAGUAUUAGGGUCUCCUUUUACAUGUUUUGAUGCAUCUCAGUAUGGUACAGUCUUACUAGUUGAUGCAGAAGAAGAAUAUUUCCCUGAAGAAUUUGCUAAACUAAAAAGAGACGUGGAUAAUGGACUUUCUCUCAUUGUAUUUGCAGAUUGGUACAAUGUUACAGUAAUGAAGAAAGUAAAGUUCUAUGAUGAAAAUACGAGACAGUGGUGGAUGCCAGACACAGGUGGAGCAAAUAUACCUGCAAUUAAUGACCUGCUGUCUUCGUGGGGAAUUGCCCUUGGAGACAGAGUCUUUGAAGGCCAGUACACCAUUGGUGACCAUGACAUGUACUAUGCUUCUGGUACAUCCAUUAUUAGGUUUCCAGAGAAUGGAACUGUUAUAUUUCAAAAGCUGAAAGACCAAGGGCAUGAAGUACUUGUAGAAGAUUCCAGUGUGUCAGAGAAUGUGCCAAUUCUGGGAUUGCUUCAAACAAAGGCUUCAGAAAAAAGUGGCCGCAUUGUGAUCUACGGAGAUUCAAACUGUUUAGAUAACAGUCACUUGGAGAAAGAUUGUUUUUGGAUGUUAAGUGCCCUUCUGGAAUUUACAUCAACUGGGCACCUUCCCACAGUUUUCAAAGAACGCCAAACAGAAUUCAGAAAUAAGGCAACAGACCUUCCACAGAGAAUGGAGGGAAACCAUCUCCACAGGUAUUCCAAAGUUCUGGAAAAUCGUAUGGGAAGUCUACAAACAAGAGACCUGCCACCUUGCCCAACUCUUGUUUGGGCACAGCCAGUGCCACUGAAUCAAUCUGCUCCAACCAAUCUGUAUAAGUCACAGAAGCUCCUCUCUUUGGCCCAUGAGGACCAGCAACAGUUGUGGAACUUUGGGUUACCUCCAAGAGGUGGUCCAGGUGUUCUGUCAGACAUCCUUUCUGAAGAACAAGGGGGGUGGCGAAACGACCUUUCAGGCCUUGGCAACUACGAGGAAGAUGGCCUGUCAUUACUGCCACCUCUUGCACUGAUGUUCAUGUCUUGUACAGUAGUGUUCCUAGCAUUCCGAUUUUACCGUCAGCGCACAAGAUCUAGAAGGAAACGUCCUCUACGUCUUAGAAAAUUUGCAACAGCCCUGAGUGUGAACCGUGUGCCAGCUGUAUGAUGUGUGUAGGCAAGCAGUUAGUCUUCCAAACUGUAGUAUUUUUAUGACUUAAAAGUAUUCUUUUGUACAUACAUAUAUAUAUAUUUUUUAAUUUGUCACGUGGAGGAAGUUUUUAAUGUAUAUUUAACAGGCAGGAUUUUUGUUAGUUAUUUGGUAGGUCUCUUCUCAGUAUUACUUGCCUGUGUAGGUUAUUAUAUUAGCAUAAUGAUAUCUAGACUUCAUAACAUUUUCCCAAAACUUCUUUUUUGUGAUUGCGAAAUGCGUACGUGUGAACUCCAAAUGUAUAUCCUACGUACUUUUUCCCCCCCCCCCCUAUUGAAUGUGUUCAGUAAAACUGAUCUCGUGUUUCUUUUAUUAUUGCAGUAAAUGAAAGUUAAGUUGGCAGAAUACUUAUACUGGAAUGUGAGAGUAACAGUGUUCAAACUGAAUGAAAAAAAAAAAAAAAAAAAUCGUCUCCUGUGUCUCGACAAAUGCAACAUGAAAUGGAUGGAAAUUAACUAAAAUUGGUUACAAAACUUUGUUUGCUAUGUCUCAAUGAAGCUUUUAGAAUCAGUUUUAAUAAUAUUUCCAAAAUGGCACUGUGAAGGGAAAAAUAACAGACAAAGGUGAUCUUUCCAAAUAACAUAAACUACACAAAUAUUGUAAUACAAAAUAAAUGGAAAUACACUGGAAAAACUAAAACGUUUUGUUCAUUAAUGUAGUUAGUUUGGAGUCCCAGUGCUGACUAUUGUCUAAAUCGUACACCGACUCCCCUUCGUAAAUCAAUCGACAUCAAGAAUUCAUAUUGUUAUAUUACUGCUCGACUGUAACAAUCACACAUUGAUGUGAAACUGAUUUCAUUUUAUGAUUAAUGAGUUCCUUAUAGUAUUGUGUCUGUGUUUUAUUCAUUACUUGGUGCAAAACAGUUUUACUGUGUUUUGUGUAAUGGUAACUAUUGAUAAUAAUCUUUCCUGAAGUCUGCUGAAACUUGUGAGAGAGAAAUAUUAGCCGUUGCUGCUAGGAACAUGAACACGUCCAUUGGUGUUAAUGCUUUGCUGGUUGUUUUUUUAAAGGAAUAUAAUUUUAUGCAGAAAGAUCAUCAGAUUUCACUUGAUCUGUUUGAGACUCACUAGAAUUAAACUUCAGUUCUGUACUAUUAUUAGUUUUCAAUAUUUUAAUAGAAAAAAAGUUCCUAUUUUUAAUAGACUAAUUUGCUAACUGUUCCCUCAAAAUAGGUUGUAAGUAAAUGUUUCUGUUCUUUCUUGUGUACAAUAUGUUUUAUCAUCUGUAAGUGUGAAAUUGUGUGCCAUUAUAAAUCAUGGGUGUCAUAAAUCACCAAGAAACGUGCUUCGUAUCAGAUGUAACAAUAAUUCUAAAUGAAGAAAGAAGUUUUGUGCGAACAAUUUGUAUUACAUUACGUGUGAAGUUAAUUCAAAAGAAGUGUUUUAAUAGAAUUUUAAAUGAUGAAAGUUCAAGAAAUGUAAUUGAGAGAGUAUCAUACUUUUUUGUACCUCAGAACAUUCCUUUACUGUACGUUACAAGUUGCAAAACAUCCCAGAUUUUAAUGUA